AGUUGUUAUCCAGUGCUAUUUCUUUCUCAUUUUCUUUAUCUCUCCAGUUUAAAUAAUGCAUUGGAUUUGACACAAAUCUCUUGUUUACCAGCUAAUAAACUGCUCUGCUUAUUAUUAAAUAUUUGUCCGACCAGACAAUUUUUGGCCAAACUCUGUCCUCUAUCCUUUUCCCUUAUGCUAUCUCACCCCACCCAAGUUUGUAAGCAGGCAUUGUUAGCCUGUGAGGCAAUCCUUGCUUUCAGCAGGCUUCUGCUGACCAACCAAUAAGAGAAGAGUCCAUGGUAAGAGCACUUGGUGUGUGUUCUGUGUUGGCCAAUGGAAUAGCCUGUGAGGGUUGUGGCUUAAAAUCCAGCCUGGCGUCAGAGCUGUGCUUUAGUCAGUGUGAGGUGGCUGGAGAAAGCCUGUGUGCACUGGAGCAUGGGGUGGAGAGACUGAGAAAGGGAGGGAGAGAGCGAGAGACACAGAAUGAAGGAGAGAAACAGAGGGAGGGUAAAAAGUUUAGAGUUGAGCUUAGGGGGCGUAGGCAGGGACAGAGACCCAGGAUCUCAUUUUGUUGUUCUGUUUCUGAACUCUGCUGAAACACAGGAAAUGGGGAUGAAGCCUGCCUGAGAUUUCUUCAACUUUUCUGUUUUAAGGUGUGUCGUGGCCCCCAGCGGUGUCUGUGAAUGUCUGUCACCAUGGCUAAGCGUGAGACUGGCAGCACAAGUCCAGUGGUGCGGCAAAUAGACAAGCAGUUCCUGGUCUGCAGCAUCUGCCUCGAUCACUUCCACAACCCCAAAGUGCUACCCUGCUUACACACCUUCUGCGAACGGUGCUUACAGAACUACAUCCCACCGCAGUCACUGACGCUGUCGUGUCCAGUGUGCCGACAGACCUCCAUCCUGCCUGAAAAAGGUGUAGCAGCACUGCAGAAUAACUUUUUUAUUACCAAUCUGAUGGAGGUGCUUCAGAGGGAUCCAGGAUGUUCUCGUCCUGAGGCGUGCAAUGUGCUGGAGUCUGUGAGUGCAGCAGCUGCUGGGAAGCCUCUUUCCUGCCCAAAUCAUGAGGGCAAGGUGAUGGAGUUUUACUGUGAGUCGUGCGAAACAGCCAUGUGUUUAGAUUGCACAGAAGGGGAACACAGAGAACAUGUCACUGUCCCACUGAGGGAUGUUCUGGAACAGCACAAAGCAGCACUGAAGAAUCAGCUGGAUGCCAUUCGCAACAGAUUGCCUCAGUUGACGGCUGCAAUUGAACUGGUGACUGAGAUCUCCAGGCAGCUGAUGGAACGAAAGACUGAAGCAGUGAAUGAGAUAAGCAGUACAUUUGAGGAGCUGGAGCGGGUUCUGCACCAACGUAAGACUGCCCUCAUCACCGACUUAGAGAACAUCUGCAGCUCCAAACAGAAGGUUCUGCAGUCCCAACUGUUAUCCCUGCAGCAGGCGAAAGAACAUAUUGAGAGUAGCUGCAGCUUCACAGAGCAGGCUCUGAGCCAUGGGGGUGCUGCUGAGGUGCUUCUUGUGCAGAAGCAGAUGGGGGAGCGUGCAGGCGCUCUGGCCUGUCACACCUUCCCUGAACGGCCGCAUGAGAACGGACACCUGCAGUGCCGCCUAGAGACAGAGGGCUUACGCCGCUCCAUCCAGAACCUUGGGGUCCUGAUCACCACUAGUGCUGUUGGACACACUAGCGUGGCCACCGGAGAGGGCCUGAGGCACGGCAUCAUUGGCCAACACAGCACCAUCACCGUUACCACCAAGGACAAGGAAGGAGAACUAGUGCGAAGCGGUAAUGCGCUUCUAAAAGCAGAUAUCAGAGGGCCGGAAGGAAGCAAAGCAGUCGAGGUGGAGGUAGCGGACAAUAAAAACGGCACAUAUGAAGUGGGCUACACGCUUAGGAGUGAGGGAGAGUAUUCUUUCUCACUGAUGCUUUAUGGCCAGCCUGUAAGAGGGAGUCCAUUCAGACUGCGGGCCGUGAAGCCCAGCGACGUUCCUCAGUCUCCUGAGGAUGUGAAACGGAGGGUGAAGUCACCCAGUGGAAGUGGAGGACAUAUCAGGCAGAAAGCUGUACGAAGACCCUCCAGCAUGUACAGCACCACUAAGAAGAAGGAGAAUCCUAUUGAGGAUGAGCUUAUCUACAGAGUAGGCACGAGAGGCAGAGAGAAGGGCGAGUUCACUAAUCUUCAAGGUAUCUCUACCUUCAGUGGCAGAGUUGUAGUAGCAGACAGUAACAACCAGUGUAUUCAGGUGUUUACUAACGAUGGACAGUUUAAGCUGAGGUUUGGCGUGCGAGGUCGCUCACCAGGGCAGCUACAACGACCCACAGGAGUGGCAGUAGACAUGAAUGGAGACAUCAUAGUAGCUGAUUAUGAUAAUCGAUGGAUAAGCAUCUUCUCCUCAGAAGGGAAGUUUAAGAAUAAAAUCGGUGCUGGGAGGCUAAUGGGGCCGAAGGGCAUUUCAGUGGAUCGGAACGGUCACAUCAUUGCUGUAGAUAACAAGGCGUGCUGCGUCUUCAUCUUCCAGUCCAACGGGAAACUGGUUACCAGGUUUGGUGCAAGGGGCUCGUUGGACAGACAGUUUGCAGAAAAAAGUGGUUCAAACUUUAAACAGGAGCAAAAGCUUAGUAAAUCUGGCCCUGGGUUCAGUCCACACUUUGUGGCUGUCAACAACAAGAAUGAAAUCAUAGUAACAGACUUUCAUAAUCACUCGGUUAAGGUGUUCAGUGCAGAUGGUGAAUUCCUCUUUAAAUUUGGCUCACAUGGUGAAGGAAAUGGGCAGUUUAAUGCCCCAACAGGAGUUGCUGUUGAUGCAAAUGGGAACAUCAUUGUAGCAGACUGGGGUAACAGCAGGAUACAGGUGUUUGACAGCUCAGGCUCUUUCCUGUCCUACAUAAACACGAGUGCAGACCCGCUGUAUGGGCCGCAGGGUUUGGCGCUGACGUCUGAAGGUCACGUGGUUGUUGCAGACUCGGGGAACCACUGUUUUAAAGUGUAUCGCUACCUGCAGUAGUGCUCAAGCUCUCCCUCUUUCUCUCUCUUCUAUGGUUUUGCACGUUCAGCUAAAAUCAAAUUCCUUUAACCAAACUAAAAUGGAUGAGCAGAAAGCACAAGAACAUUUUUCUUUCACAGUUCCCCCCCCCCCCUCCCCCAGUAUAAUGGUGAACUAAGACCUUAAGGUUGUUUAGGGUGCAUUUGAGAGAGUGACAUAAUAAGCACAUUGUACACUUUGUACAGAAAUAGGUUGAAAAGAAAUCAGAAUCAUUUGUAUACAGCACUUUCUCUGAAGCAUGCAUUCAUAAAGCCACAGUAGUGUUAACAUUUCUGCCAUUUGGUAACUGCAGAUAUUUUUACAAAAUAAUUUCAAAUGGCUCAAAAAAAUACUUGAAUAAUUGAUUCCAUAGUUACAUGUAAACGUUUUCCUUCAACCUAAUUCCAGAACUUGUACAUAAACACAUGCAGAAGAAAAUUCUAUAUUAAUUCAAAUAUAUUUUCAGGGAUUUCCAAAAGUCUGCAGUUAAGACACUUGUUAAAAAAAAAAGAAAAAAAAAAAAAGGACUUUUGAAUUACGUGUUAUUAAGGAAUGAACUCUACAUUAUGGUGCGUUAUGAGUUAUAUAUUUAACAACCGUUACCAAAUUUCAAGGAACAUUCUGUUUAUACAGUUGCAACGCUUUAUGAAUACAGGCUUGACAGAAUUUCACUUUUAAAUCCAGUGUUUUAACUUUUGCUAGUUUCUUAGAUCAGCAAUGAAUUUAGGCCUGAUCCCUGUCAGCUUUACUUCCCAUCUCUCUGCAAAACACACUCACCCUCUUUGUCUUUUUGAGUGCAAACCCCAGUGGUGGAUAUUGAUGCCUGUGUAUUUGUAUCUAUGCGCAUAAACAAGUGUCUGUAUAUAUGCAUAUGUGUGUAUAUAUAAAUAGGAGGAUAUAUAAAUAGGAGAAUAUAUAUAUAGUGUUCAGCGUAAAUGAGUACACCCCCUUUAAAAGCUAAUUUAACUUAUAACAUAAUUAUAACAAUAAUUUACUUUAAAAUACACAUUUUUCAGUUAGGGUGAUGCAAAAAUGAGUACACCCCACAAGUAGACUACAUCUAGUACUUUGUAUGGCCUCCAUGAUUGAUAAUGACAGCACCAAGUCUUCUAGGCACGGAACGGACAAGCUGGCGACAUUUUGCAACAUCCAUCUUUUUCCAUUCUUCAAGAAUGACCUCCUUUAGAGAUUGAAUGCUGGAUGGAGAGUGAUGGUCACCCACAGGUAUUCAACUGGGUUCAGAUCAUGAGACAUACUUGGCCACUGAAUCACUUUAACCCUGUUCUUCUUCAGAAAUCCAACAGUGGCCUUAGAUGUGUGUUUAGGAUCAUUGUCAUGUUGGAAAAAUGCACGACGACCAAGGGCACGGAGUGAUGGUAACACCUUCUCUUUCAGUAUAGAGCAGUACAUCUGUGAAUGCAUGAUGCCAUAAAUGAAAUGCAGCUCCCCGACACCAGCAACAUUCAUGCACCCCACAUAAGGAUACUGCCACCACCAUGUUUCACUGUAGGCACCAUGCAUUUUUCUUUGUAUUCCUCACCUUUGAGAUGCCAUACUGUUUUGAAGCCAUCAGUUCCAAAAACAUUUAUCUUGGUCUCAUCACUCCAGAGUAUAGAUACCCAGUAGUCUUCAUCUUUGUCAGCAUGAGCCUUGGCAAACUCAAGGCAGGCUAUUUUGUGCCUGGCCUUUUGGAGAGGUUUCUUUCGUAGACGGCACCCAUGCAUGGCAUUCCUGUGCAGUGUACGCCGUAUUGUGUCACGGGAAAAAGUCUUCCUGGUUUGGCUUUCUACUUCUUUAGAUAACUGCAGUGAAUUUGCAUGACGCUCCUCUUCCGUGGACGACCUGGACGUCUCUGUGAGAUGGUUGCAGUUCCAUCUUUUUAAAAUUUUUGUACCACUUUUGCUACAGUAUUCUGACUGAUAAGUAAAGCUUUGCUGAUCUUUUUGUAGCCUUCACCUUUCUGGUGUAGAGAAAUUCUUUUCGUUCUCAGGUCUUGUGACAUUUCUCUUCCAUGUGGUGCCAUUGCUGACAGCAUGAAAUGGGAUGUAGCCUAACACCCUUUUAUAGUCCACUGUCUGCUGGACACCUGUGUAGUGAAUAAUUAGACUCAACUGUGGUUGAAUUCUUGUUAAAUUAGACAUUUGUUGUCUACAAUUUUGCUUUGCUCCACAGACUUUCAGUGGGGUGUACUCAUUUUUGCAUCACCCUAAUUUGAGUUAAACUGAAAAAUGUGUAUUUUAAAUUAAAUUAUUAUUAACUUUAAUGUUAUAAGUUAAACAGAUGUUAUAUUAAACUUAGUCUUGUUAACAUUUUGGACAAUUGUUUUGUGUUCAUUGAGAUAUUGUUUCAAAUGUUACUUUUUAAAGGGGGUGUACUCAUUUACGCUGAACACUUUAUAUUCUGUGUGUAUAUAUAUAUGUGUAAUCUGUAAAUGGUACCACACUUUGGCUUCCCGUCAUCUUUGUCACAUGAUGUCAUUUAGCUGACGUUACACUUCAGACUGCUGCGUUUACAGAAAAAUGCAGCAGGAAAAAAAGCACCCGGAUUAUUUUUCUAUUUCAUUUCAUUAUGCUUCGUUAAGUUUCAAGUUGUCCGCUAAAGAAACAAACAAACAAAAAAGAACCCUUGGUGACUGAAGUGAGGGGAAAAAAGAAACAGCAAUGGUUUAGAUAAAUGUUUGUUAAUCGCACUGCACUGCGUUUGCACAUCGAGUCUCAGACUCAGAAUAUCUUUUGUAAAUAAUCCUAACAGUUUUUACAUCCGAUACAUCAUAGUGCUUACUGUUGCUUAAUCAGUAUUUAAUGUUUUUUUUUUAUUUAUUUCAUGUUUUGUACAGAUUUUGUUGUCCCCCUCUACUUUUUUUUGGGGAAUGAGCCCUGCAUAAAUCUCACCAGCCAAAGCUUUUAACUCUCUUUUUUUGUACAUUUUUCCCAUUGCUUUUGGGCCUCAGCCAUUUGUCUUGAGGUAUUGUAGAAGGUGUUUUUCAGACUGGAACAGACGUUCAUUAUUCUUUUUAAAAUAUACACUCAUUACAGACAGCUUUUUAGGUGGUGUUUCUGGAUUGCAGUUAAAAACCUGGAAACGUUCUGCAUGUUGAGGUUGUUUCAGCAAUGGGGAUAUUUAAUGGGUUUUGUUAUAUCUACUAACUGUAAAUGACUGUGAUAUUUCGUAUUUCUGUCUCACGUCAGACGUCUCAGAGCAGUGGUUCAGUGGUGGGGACGUGUUGCUCUGCACAUGUGUUUUCGUAUUAAUCAGGCUUCGAUUCAUUCACACAGGUCUCCAAAUCGUUGUGCAUCUCAAACAUUAGACUGUAGCGAGUUAUUCAUCUACUCCUUAGAUUCGUUCAUAGUUUUUAAAAAAAAAAAAUCUUACAAGAACUUUUGAGAGUUUGACAAGUCAUACUUUACACUGCUUGACUUCUGAAUGAUACUCGAGUGCAUUUUUUUUCACACUUUAUAUCAUAAAGUAGUGCCCAGGUGUAAAUCAGUUCAUUACUCCUCAGUGCUAAAGCUGACACAAGCCUGUAGUGCAUUAUAGGAAUGGCUUCUAUGCAUUGGAGCAGUUUUAAAAUAGCUAAUACAGUAGUUUAGUUAGAGCGUUAAGAAUGAAAGUUCUAGCUUUUGGGACAAAGCAACUCGUUUUUGAGUAACAGGACAGAUCCAUAGUCAGUUUCUGUCUUCCAGAAUUGUGUGUGAGCAAAAAGAGAAUAAAAAUAGCUGAACCUCGUCUGAGAUGCACAACAUACAUGCACAUGGCAUAAACAUCAUGAACUCCUUCCAGAACAUAAUUUAGAACCCACCUUUAACUAGAAAUCAUUCAAUAACCCAAAGUAUUGUAUAUGAAAAUUUCAAUGUGUUCGCUGAUCGAUUCUAACAGUGUGUAAUUAAAAGUGUAAAUAUAAAGUUAUUUAAACACC